UACUUGCAUACUAUUUUUGUUCUUUUCAUAACUUUAAGAACAACACGGACUGCGUACCAUUUGAAGAGGGACUGGUUGAGCCUCAGGAGGAGGAAGAGCCCAAGACUCUGCUGGAAAUGCAUCGAGAUAAGAUGAUGAAAGAGAAGAAGAAGAAAAAGAAGAGCAAAAAGAACAAGAAGCGCUGCUCUGACAGCAGCGAUUCAGAGGAUGAAGAGAAGAAGAAGGAGAAGCUGAAGAAGGCGCUCGAAGCGGAGGACAAGCGGGUGAAGCACGUAGAUGCAAUAAUGCAGCUGGAUGAGAGGAAGAGGCCGUACAACAGCUUGAUGGAAGUGAAGGCGCCCACUGAGGAGGAGAUGGAGGCCUUCCGCAUGAAGCGCUGCCGGGCAGAUGAUCCCAUGGCUCCCUUCCUGGGACAGUGACCUCAUCUUAGUCCCUGCUGACUCCCAUAAACUCUCCGAAGAACUGUACCAGAGCUGCUGCUCGGUGGAAAGAAAUAUCUCAGACUCAUAAAACUCAAGUUGUAAACUUACAGCAGGAGCCUUCUGUUUGGUUAUGAUCGUGACAGAAGCAGUGUACAGUGUUUUUAUUAAUUUUAUUUGGCAUGCUUUUUGUUUUGAUGCCACAUGUUGACAGACUAUAGUAUAAAACAAGAUGUGCUUUUGUUUGUACUAAUCAGUUCCACGAACCAAAUGUGAAAGUUACAAUUUUCUUAGAUUUCGUCACCCUCAGUCUUUAACAGUAACAGCUAUUGUAUUCAAACAGUAAUUUGCUGACAAUAACUUUCAGUGGGGAAAAAUGCCUCAUUUUUAUAAUAAAAUAUAUAUUUGCUUUAAUAUGUUGUCAAAAAGUGUUUGUGCAUUGACCCUGUUAAAAAAAAAUAAAACAAUCACUGUAAUGUGCUAGUGUUUUUCAACAGUUGUUCCUUGGCCAGAUGUUAAAUUAACCAUUUCAUUAGCUAUAUGAAGAUGUGUGAAAUGGAGUAAAAAUAACUGAAAGAAAAAACUGAAUAAUAUUUACAUGUACUCUCUUGCUUUGAUUUGCAAGCAAUACAUCCCAGCUGCAGUGGAUCAGUGUGUGAAUUCUGUGCUUCUUAAAUUGCUUCAUAAGUAGCAUUACAUUGGGUCACACUUUCAA